CUCCAUCACCUCAGCUCCCCGCGCCCAGAGUGGUUAAACUCUCGCUGCGGGCGACUUCCGCUUCCUGGCCUAAAUCUGACACGUACUAUUCCCCGGUGGCUACGACCCAGGGUCGGUGACAGCAGAGAAGCCGGGCGAUGCCCUCAGCGGACUGAUGGACAGAGGCGCCGUCAGGGUUUCUUGGAACCUCAGCAGAGUCCCUGGACCAGGCCCCAUAGUGAAGGCUGCAGGAUCUUCCCUCCGGCCCCAGCGGCUCUGGCCGAGUCCCCUGGUGCCUGCUGGCUUCAAGCUCCCAGGAAGAGCAGAGUUGUCAGCAAGAGAGCCCGACAGCUCAGGCCCAGUGGGAACAUGCCAACCAACCAGAGCUCUCCCCAGUGGUCCCCGGCCCUGGCUGCAGAGGAACAUGGCAGGUUGUGUGAGGUCUCGGUGUCAUUCGAGGAUGUGACUGUAAACUUCAGCAGGGAGGAGUGGCAGCACUUGAAACCUGCUCAGAGACGCCUGUACCGGGAUGUGACACUGGAGAACUACAGCCACCUGCUCUCCGUCGGGUACCAAGUUCCCAAACCAGAGGUCAUCUUCAAGUUGGAGCAAGGAGAGGGACCAUGGAUGUUGGAGGGGGAAACCCCACAUCAGAGCUGUUCAGAUGAGGACAUUGAGCAAACCCAACAACAGAGAAUUUCUGAAGAAGUUUCAUUCCACUGUGAGAAAUUUGGUCAAUCCAUAGAAGAGUCAUUGUGUUCCAUUUUAGAAGAAUUAUGGCAAGAUAAUGACCAGCUAGAGAGAUAUCAAGAAAACCAAAAUAACCCUUUAAGUCAUGUGAAAGUAUUCAUUAAGGAGAGGGGCUAUGGGUGUAAAAAUAUUGAAAGAAUAAUUCAUGUGAGUACCAAGCUUGGUCCUUCAAUAAAAAGACUCCAUAGCUGUGAAACAUUUGGAAAGAGUUUGAAGCACACUUUGAACUUACAUAAUCAUAAUAAAAGCAAUGCAACAACAAACCUUGAUAAGAUUUUUGAAAAUGGCAACAACUUUGCCCAUAACUCUUCCUCUACUAAGAAUAAGAAUGCUAAUACAGGAGCAAGUACUUGGGAACAUAAUCAAUGUGAAAAACAUGUUGGCCACAAACAAGUUCUCAUCCACCAUCAGAAAAUUCAUACUGGGGAAAAACUUUACGUAUGUACUGAAUAUGUAAAGAGCUUCACCCAGAAGUCACAUCUCUUUGAACAUCAGAGAAUUCGUGCUGGAGAAAAAUCCCAUGAAUGCAACAAGCGUGAGAAAGUCUUCACUCAGAACCCACAAAUUGAUGUAGCUCAGAGUGUUUAUACAAGAGAGAAACCCUAUAUAUGUACUCAAUGUGGAAAGGCCUUUACUCUCAAGUCAAACCUCAUUACACAUCAGAAGAUUCAUACUGGGCAGAAACCCUAUAAAUGCAGUGAAUGUGGAAAAGCUUUUUUCCACAGGUCAUAUCUCUUUAGACAUAUGAGAAUUCAUACAGGAGAAAAACCUUAUGAAUGCAGUGAAUGUGGAAGAGGCUUCUCCCAGAAUUCAGACCUCAAUAUACAUCAGAAAACUCAUACUGGAGAGAAACUCUAUGCAUGUAAUGAAUGUGGGAAAGCCUUCACAAGAAAAUCAGCACUCAGGAUGCAUCAGAGAAUUCACACAGGAGAGAAACCCUAUGUAUGCACUGAAUGUGGGAAAGCCUUCAUCCAGAAAUCACAUUUCAAUACACAUCAGCGAAUUCAUACUGGAGAGAAACCUUAUGAAUGCAGUGACUGUGGGAAAUCAUUCACUAAGAAGUCACAACUCCAUGUGCAUCGAAGAAUUCACACAGGAGAAAAACCCUAUAUAUGUACAGAAUGUGGAAAGGUCUUUACUCAUAGAACAAAUCUCACCACACAUCAAAAAACUCACACUGGAGAGAAACCCUAUAUGUGUGCUGAAUGUGGGAAGGCUUUCAGUGAUCAGUCAAAUCUCAUUAAACACCAGAAAACUCAUACUGGAGAGAAGCCCUAUAAAUGCAAUGGUUGUGGAAAAGCCUUCAUCUGGAAGUCACGCCUCAAAAUACAUCAGAAAUCUCAUAUUGGAGAGAGACACUAUGAAUGCAAUGAAUGUGGGAAAGCCUUCAUCCAAAAAUCAACAUUAAGUGUGCAUCAGAGAAUCCAUACAGGAGAGAAACCCUAUGUCUGUCCUGAAUGUGGGAAGGCCUUCAUCCAGAAAUCACACUUCAUUGCACAUCAUAGAAUUCAUACUGGAGAGAAACCUUAUGAAUGCAGUGACUGUGGGAAAUGCUUCACUAAGAAGUCACAACUGCGUGUGCAUCAGAAAAUUCACACAGGAGAGAAACCCAAUAUAUGCGCUGAAUGUGGAAAGGCUUUUACUGACAGGUCAAAUCUCAUAACACACCAGAAAAUCCAUACUAGAGAGAAACCGUACAAAUGCAGUGACUGUGGAAAAACAUUCACCUGGAAGUCACGCCUCACUAUCCAUCAGAAAUCGCAUACUGGAGAGAGGCACUAUGAAUGUAGUAAAUGUGGAAAAGCUUUCAUCCAGAAAGCAACACUAAGUAUGCAUCAGAUAAUUCAUACAGGAAAGAAACCCUAUGCUUGUACAGAAUGUCAGAAGGCCUUCACUGACAGAUCAAAUCUCAUUAAACAUCAGAAAACUCAUAGUGUAGAAAAACUUUAUAAAGGCAGUGACUGAAAAAGCCUUCAUCAGAAAAUUACAAUUCGGCAUGCAUCAGAUGUCUCAUAGUGGGGAAGAGGAGCGCCUGAUACUGCAGUCAUUGUGCAGAGGAAGGAGAUACGACAAACUUCGGUGAACAGAAGACAAAGCCAAGUAUCCUUCAAAUACCAGUAACUGCAUCACCACAGUUGGUAUGCAAUUAUAUGCACAGGGAGACUUUGAUAAAGCAUUUGAGCAAUAGUCCUAUUUGGGUUCAUGAUUCCGAUAGUGACUCUCAAGCUCCUGCAAAUGGUAGAAAUAGAGACCCCAGGAGAUAACGUGUGGUCUCUUAUGUUUCACUUUUUGGAUAAAGGACUUUAUAAAUUUAGCACUAAUUAGUUUUUCAUACCCUGGGAUGUAAAAGUACUCAAUACUGACCCAAAAUUUUUUCAAAGUUCUAGGGUGGGGAGAAGAGUUUUCAUUGUCCAGAUACUUGCAGGGCACUGAAGUCAAGGCAAAAACCUAUUUGGGGAUGCAGAUCUGCGAGUCAAAGCCAGAAGUUUUUGCAAUCAUUGACAUUUAAGACACAGAAAAGGCUGCCAUGAAGAGUUGUUCUUUCUCUUCCAUUUGAGAAGUCACCAUGGUAUAUAUAUAUUUUUUAAUGAAAUAGAAUUUUUAAAGUCUGACUUUAUUCACUGACAAAUUAGGCAAAAGUCUAGCCUACGUUACAAGAAUAUAGUUAUUAAAUGUUGCACACAUUUAAAGGUGGCGAUUGUUCCCUCAUUAAUUCCAUGCUGUGGCAGCAGGGGAUGAUUCACACUCAAAACAAACUAUGUAUACCUUCUAACCUGUACCCCAAAAGCUGUCAUUUAUGUAAGUUGCAGACCACAGACUUCUUGUCCCCUUAGUAACUGACCCUGAGCCACAGGACAUUAGACUCCCAGUCUCAUCCAUUGAAGCUUCUACUUUCUUUGGGAUUCUUGUUUGAAAAAGAAUGAUUGAGAAAUUGGAUUUCAAUAUGUAAAAUUUUAAUUGUGUUUUCCUUUCAAUUUUGUUAAGAUAUAUUCAUUUUCUAUGUGCAUAGUAAGAGUAGUUUUGUGUAGAUUGCUAUGGGAUAAAGUCAUUUUGCAUUACUGUUGGUUAGUUUAAGAUAUGACUAUAGUUUAUUACAGUUGAAUAACUGGAAGACUUCUCUAGAAAGAGCACUGCUUUUUUUGAGCACUGAUAUAUAGACACUUCCUCAUUUUCCCUUGUGUUUUUAUGGUACUUAUAAGAAAAGGGGUUUUCUUUCUAGCAUGCAAUUUUAUUUUAUUUUAGACCUUUUUAUUAAAGUAUAAUGCAUAUAGGAAAUGCAUAUAUCAAAGCAUAGAGUUCAAUUCUCAGAAACUGAACAUACUCAGAUCAAGAAACAGAACAUGACCACACCCCAGAGGCACUCCCUUUGCUCCCUCCUAGUCCUUACCACUGCUCCCCCAAGAGUAAACACUGUCCUGACUUCUAACAGCAUAGAUUAGUUUUGUCUGUCUGAUAUUUCAUAUAAAUUGAGUCAAUUAUAUUUCAUAUUUCAGUGUUCAUCUUCUUUCAUUCACAUUACGAAUGUGAGAUUCAUCUAUAUUGUUAAUAUAGUUAUAGAUAAUUCAUUCUCAUUGUCAUAUUAUCUUCCAUUGUGUGAAUAUGCUACAAUAUAUUUAUCUAUUCUACUGUUGACGGACAUUUGGGUUGUUUGCAGCUUGGGGCUAUUAGGAAUAUUGCUGCUAUAAAUAUUUUGGUACCUAUCUAUUGGUGAACAUAUUUAUGAAUUUCUGUUAGAUAUAUAUGUAGAAGUUGAACUGUGAAGUCAUAGAGUAUCCAAAUAGUCAGUUUUAGCUUAUAAAACUAGUUUUUGAAAGUGGCUAUACCAACAUACACUCCCACCAGCACAGUAUACAAAUUCUAGUCGCUCCACAACCUUGUCAACACUUGGUAUUUUCCAUCUUUCUUAGUUUAGCCAUUAUGAUGGAUGUAUAGUGAUAUCUGUGUGGUUUUAGUUUUUAUUUCCUUGUCCUCCACUCCCACCAUAGUAUCUCAAGAUAGCUGACUGAUAUCAGAGAUCUGAGACCCAGCCCUGGGCCUCACAUAAACAUAUAAAUAUAAGCAGUUAGUAAGUUUAAAUCUUACACACACACACGCACGCACACACGUGCAAAAGCCCAAAGCCAGAUAUUAUAAUUAGUUAAUUGCAUUAAACAUUUAUAGGAAAAAUAAUGUCAAUACUGCACAAAAUCUUUCAGAAAAUAGAGGAGAAAGAAACACUCUCUAACUCCAUGAGGCCAGUAUUACCCUGAUACUUAAGCCAUACAAACACAUCACAAGAAAACUACAGACCAUUAUUUCUCAUGAAUGUAGAUGUAAAAAUCUUCAACAAAAUAUCAACAAAUUGAAUUCAGCAACAUAUAAAAGGAUUAUACAUCAUGAUCAAGUGGGGUUUAUUCCAGUGAUGCAAGCCUGCUUCAAAAUUCAAAAUCAUUCAAUAUAAUCUAUCAUAUUAACAAGCUAAAGAAAAAUCACAUGAUCUACAGAUUUAAUACUUUAUCUAAUUUCCAGGAGGCUUUCUGCCUCAGAAAUUGAUAAGCUAAUCCUAAAAUUUAUAUAGAAAUAAAAAAGCCCAAGAAUAGCAAAAAUGAAUUUGCCAAAGAACAAAGUGGGAGGACAUUCACCUCCCAAUUUCAAAAUUAUUAUAAAACUACAGUAAUCAUGACAGUAUGGUACUGGCAUGGGGAUAGAGACAUAGAUCAAUGGAGCAGAAUAGAGUCCAAGAAUAAACCCUCAUACUUAUGGUAAACAUAUUUUUUUUACAAAUGUGUGAAGGAAAUUCAAUGGGGAAUGUUUUUCAACAUUUGGUGCACGGAUAAUUGGGUAUCCACACACAAAAAAAAACGAAUUUAAAUCUUACUUCACACCAUACUAAAAAUUGACUCAAAAAUGGAUCAGAGAUGAAAAUAUAAAAGUUAAAAUUAUAAAAGUUUUAGCAGAAAACAUAGGAGAAAAUCUCUCUGACCUUGUGUUAGGCAAGGAAUUCUUAGGACACCAAGAGCAUGAUCCAUAAAGAAAAAAAAUGAUAAAUUGGACUUCAUCAAAACCAAACAGGUCUGUGCUUCAAAGGACAUCAUUAAAAAAAAAAA